AUGCCUCAUCUGAUGAUGUCUACUGCUGUGCCGGCGAAGCUGAAGGGGUUUAGCAUGCAGUUCACUUGUACAGAGAUGCUUCAUUGGGACGAAUACCGUGAGGUGUAUGGAGUGCCAGACAACACGGGCAAAAUGAUGGAGAUUUUUGCGACCAAGGUGGAGGCACUGUUCAGCGGGCACAUGUUCACCAGCCAGAACGCGAUUGUAACGGCGUGCUCUGUCGCUUUGGACCCAGCAUUGAGUGGGUCCACUGUGCAGAACUUUUGUUCCGAGAUGCAACAUUGGGACGACUACAGAGAAGGGAAUAAAAUUGUGGACGGUGUUCAAUCGAUGAGGGAGAUUUUCUAUCCCAGGUGUUUUGCCGGGUACGAUAUCUAUGUCCUCGAUACUAAGAAAAAACUUCGAGCGUGGAAGGUAAUGUGUCUCACAGCCACACGUGAUACGUACGACAAUGACUGGCAGCCUCUGUGCACGGAGAUGAUCCACUGGGAUGACUGCCAAGAAUCGUCUGGCGUGGAACCAAAUCCAAGGCUGGGAAUCCUCUUUGGAAAGCGGUGA